CCCGGGUCCCCGCCACUGAAGGCGUUCUUCCCGCCACUUCCACCACCCCCGCCCCCACCCCUGGGUGUGACCUGCCCUCUGGACCACACUAACCAGACAGCGCCCAAGGAUGGAACCAGAGCUCCCUUGGCUCUCAUUUCGCAGUGCGGGGUCUCCGAGGCCGCCGCGCGCCAGGACGCUUUAGAAACUGCGAGAUGCGCUUGGAUCAAGAACACGCAGGCGAGGCAGAACUGGCGGGGCUGCCCCGGUGACAGCAUCCUCCCUGCGAGCCAGCGCCGGCUCCUCCUUCACACUCUCCCGCGCCUAAGGGGACCUUCUGGGGCUAGCCGCCGCCAGCUUCUCAGCGCAGUCGCAUCCCAGAGCCAGUGCAGCUGAGCCGGCAGCAUGUGGAACGCGACGCCGAGCGAGGAGCCGGGGUACAACCUCACGCUGCAGGACCUGGGCUGGGACGCUCUCCCCGACAACUACUCGCUGACCGGCGAGCUCCCGCCGCUCUUCCCCGCGCCACUGCUGGCCGGGGUCACCGCCACCUGCGUGGCACUCUUUGUGGUGGGCAUCGCGGGCAACCUGCUCACCAUGCUGGUGGUGUCGCGCUUCCGCGAGCUGCGCACCACCUCCACCCUCUACCUGUCCAGCAUGGCCUUCGCCGACCUACUCAUCUUCCUCUGCAUGCCCCUCGACCUGGUCCGCCUGUGGCAGUACCGGCCCUGGAACUUCGGCGACCUGCUCUGCAAACUCUUCCAGUUUGUCAGCGAGAGCUGCACCUACGCCACCGUGCUCACCAUCACCGCGCUGAGCGUCGAGCGCUACUUCGCCAUCUGCUUCCCGCUGCGGGCCAAGGUGGUAGUCACCAAGGGCCGGGUGAAGCUGGUCAUCCUGGUCAUCUGGGCCGUGGCCUUCUGCAGCGCCGGGCCCAUCUUCGUGCUGGUCGGGGUCGAGCACGAGAACGGCACCGACCCUCGGGACACUAACGAGUGUCGCGCCACCGAGUUCGCCGUGCGCUCCGGACUGCUCACCGUCAUGGUGUGGGUGUCCAGCGUCUUCUUCUUCCUGCCGGUCUUCUGCCUCACUGUGCUCUACAGCCUCAUCGGCAGGAAGCUGUGGCGGAGAAAGCGGGGCGAGGCGGCGGUGGGCGCCUCGCUCAGGGACCAGAACCACAAGCAAACCGUGAAAAUGCUGGGUGGGUCUCAGCGCGCCCUCGAGCUCGCUCUCCCGGGUUCUCUCCUGUCCCCUUGCCUUCCCUCCUUCCCCCUCCUCCCUUCUCCCGGAGCCUCUACCUCCGUCCCCCGUUUUUCUCGGUCUCUAGCUGCAAAUCUAUCAAUGAUUCUCUCCUGUUUCUGUCUUAAGCACUCUUUGGUGUCUUACUUUCUCCGUGGUGUCUGCGUCUCUCUCUCUCUUUCUCUCUCUGUUUUGUUUUGUUUUUUGCUCUGUUUCUCUCUUUAUCUGUCUUCCCCCCACCCCCACUUUAUCACUGUCUUCACUCUCUCUUUUACUCUCUACCUCUUUCUGUCUUCUUCUGAUUUCUUUCUCAGGGAAAGAUGCCCCUCCUUUGUAUUUCCCUUAAAUGAAUUUAUCAGCCCAGAGACAUUGCUUCAAAACUGAGAUAUUUCAUAAGUCUUCUGUGGUCUUUAACUGUUAAAGGUGAGGUUAAGCUUCCUGCCUCAGUUUGUGGAUAUCUAAGUUGCAUUUAAAAAGACAGGCAUGGGGUUAGGGGAGGAGUAGGCAUUGAAUCUAGGAAGUAUUCAGUGGUAAAUUUAACCAAGGAUAUGAUCAAUGUGGAUAAUUCUGUUUGAGAUGAUUCACUUUUUUCAGCAUUGUGGUAUGCUUUCUGACCUGCAUUUUUUCAGAUAAUUGCAUCUGUUCUGUUUACCCUGCUGCUGCUUGUAUAGCUUUGAAAGGAAGUCAAUGACAAAUCAGUGCUGGAGUCUCCAUUUGUUUUCAUGACCACCUAUUUCUUCUUGUAGGAUAGUCUAGGAUAAACUAGGAUAAGCUAAGAUAGGUAGUCUUCUCCCAACAUGAGAAAAAAAUAAAAGACUUUGUAUAAGCUGACAGGACUUACUAUGCCUCCCUAAAUGGUCCUUCAAAGAACAUCUAGGUGCAGUAUCCAGACUGAGUGUACUGCAUAUUUACCACAUAAAUGUAAGUAUAUGUGCUUGGUACAAGUGAAGUAAUACAAAAUGUGUUCACAUUCAAGCAAAAUGUUAAUUCUAUUUGCUUUUUUAAAACCAGAACCGGUAAAUUUUAUUAUUCCUCAUUAUAGUCCAACAUUUUGUAUUUAUUUGCAUAGUUAGUGCCUCUUAGAAGUCAUUCCAGGUUGAUUUUGUAUUUGUAAUUUUACAGUUAUUGGAAUCCUUAUAUUAAAACGAUACAGUUUUGUCAAAGAAUGUAAAAAAUUUUUAUUUUCUAGACCAGUGAUUCUCACAAUAUGACUAACAGAUCGUAAACCCGUUAGUGCCCUCCAGGGGAGUCUACCGGGGCAGUCAAUUGCUACUACGCAACUGCAACUUCGUUUUGAGGAUAAGUUUAGUAAUUUCCUCCAAUUUUAUUUUUAAGCUGUCCAUUAUCCUUACUGGUGUCUCAACACCGAUGUUAAUUUUCUUUUGCCUUGACCUUAGGAAGGGAAUCACUAAAGUGCUACAAGGACUGAAGUAUUAUUUGCUGUUAUUUUUCCUUUGAUUUCUGAAUUUUAAAAAUUUAAUCUAGAAAUUCAGAGGUCUUGGACAAAAAUUAUCUUAAGCGGGUAAAAUGAAGACUCGGAUGGAUGAUAAUUAACGUUAGUGGGUUUUAUGGUCUUUUACGACUUACUUAUGUCUACAUAGGUGGCAAAGUAUCGGCCAUCUCAGUGGUCCUCAAUCCUGACCACAUAUUCAGUCUUUCGUGAAAUGUUAAAAAGAUAAAAGAAAAGAGAAAAGCAGGUGUCCUGGUCUCCUUCCCAAAGAUGCUAAUUUUGUGAGUCUGUAUUACACACAAGGGGAAUCCAUGCCCCCAGGAAACUCAGCUACAUAGCUGUGGUUGAGUAUAACCUCUGCACUUCGUGUGUGUUUGGUUGUAUCUAACACACAUGAAAUGGUGGACUAUUGUGAAUAAAUUGUUAAGUCAAUACAUCAAGCCAGCCACAAAGACACUCAAAUAGUUGUUAAAUAGAAAUGAUUGGGAAGCUCAAUAAAAAUGGUUGAACUGUUAGUCCAGACAGACCCAAUCUUGGUUAAAAGUCAGAACACGGAAAAGCAGAACAUGGUGUUUCUCUGAAGUCAAUGAUGAUACAUAAUCAAAACAAAACUGUCUUCAAAAUAGAAUGUGACUUGCUAUGGCAUUUCUCGAGCUCACGCUCUCUUUCUCGUCGUUUUAGCUGUCGUGGUGUUUGCUUUCAUCCUCUGCUGGCUGCCCUUCCACGUGGGGCGAUAUUUAUUUUCCAAGUCCU